UAAAACGAAGCCUUCUGACUGAAACAUACAAAAAACUACAAUAUGAGGUAUGCCUUCGAUCUUAGGGGCCGUCUCGACUUUUCAUACUGCAGGUGAAAUAAAAACACAGAACUGUGUGUGACAGUAGUCUGAGCAAGGACAGAUUCGUGAUGGGUGACAGCAGGUGCAGCAACGGUGUCCAGCAGAAAGGCAAGAUGUUGUCAGAUGCUCAGCUCUUUGAUUUGGAGUUUGAGAAGUUGGUGUCUGAACUUACAGAGCAGGACUUCACUGACCCAGUUCUCACUGAUGCCCUCAACAGACUCCGAGAGGUGCUUCGGUACAAUGCUCCUGGAGGCAAGAGAAACCGAGGCUUGUCUGUGAUUGGUUCGCUGCGGGAGCUGGUCUCUCCUUCUGAGCUGCCACCUGAUGAAGUUCACAGAGCCCUUUUGGUUGGAUGGUGCAUUGAACUGCUUCAGGCUUUUUUCUUGGUGUCUGAUGACAUUAUGGAUGCAUCCCUGACAAGAAGGGGUCAACCCUGUUGGUAUAAGAAGGAAGGUAUUGGUCUGGAUGCCAUUAAUGAUGCUUUUCUCCUGGAGGGCGCGAUCUACCGCCUUCUUCGCAGACAUUGCAGAGGACAGCGCUACUAUGUCCAUCUUCUUGAGCUUUUUACUGAGACCUCUUUCCAGACAGAGCUGGGUCAAGCUCUAGAUCUGAUGACAGCACCUCCGCACAAAAUUGACCUUGAUCGCUUCACCAUGGAGAGGUACAAAGCCAUUGUGAAAUACAAGACAGCAUUCUACUCCUUUUAUCUCCCUGUGGCUGCAGCCAUGUACAUGGCAGGGAUUGAAAAUGAGACUGAACACAACAAUGCUAAAACAAUUUUACUUGAGAUGGGAGAGUUCUUUCAGAUUCAGGAUGACUACUUGGAUUGUUAUGGUGACCCUGCAGUGACUGGAAAGAUUGGCACGGAUAUCCAGGACAACAAAUGCAGCUGGCUGGUGGUGAGCGCACUGGGCAUCAUGACUCCUCAACAGAGGACAGAACUAGAGGCAUGUUACGGACGUAGUGAUGCUGAAAGUGUUGAACGGGUCAAGGCUCUGUAUGAUACUCUGGAAAUGCCUAUCCGAUACCAUCAACACGAGGAGGAGAGCUAUCGCCGGCUUAAAAAACUCAUCCAACUUCAUGCCACGAAUCUGCCUCAUGCUGUGUUUCUUAAUUUUGCCAAAAAAAUAUAUAAGAGAAACAAAUAAGGUGUGGUUCAGAGAAAUGAAAGGACUUCACGAUUAGUAUUUUUAAGCACGCAGACUUCGGACAAAUAAAAAUGCAGUGAGGGAUUUUAGAGGUUGAGUAAAUAUGGAAAUGUUAGGUUUUAUCUGCACUUUAAAUAUACUGUCAAGAGUUUAGUUAUUUGUCAUAAUACAAUACAAGAAAUACAAUAGGCUGAUUCAGAGGUCUACCACAAAUAGCACACAUAAACAACACCUGCCAGUGUUUCACUUGGGGUAUAUAUAUGUAUGUAUAAACCAUAUAUUUUCAUAAGAUUUUUGGAUUGUAUUUUCAACGUCUUUGGAUAAAUGAGGAAGAAAAAAGGAAAAGCUGUAUAAAUUAAAAUAAACAUUUACAAAAGAAAAUGUAUAUUCUGAGAAUGAGAACCAUUAAACUACUGAUCAAAUGCA